CGAUACGACUGUAAUAACAAAUUAUAUCAUUCAACUCAGUACAGUGCUAGGUAGCGUAAGUAAGAAUGAGGUCGGUUCUAGGAUUGUGCCUUAUAUUUCUCGCGAAUCAAGUCCAAGGCUAUACAGUGUUAGUGAUUACUGCCUUGCCGUUCAGGAGUCUUAAUAUCCUCGGAGCUAGUGUUGUUAGCCAUCUCCUUAAUGCCGGACAUGAGGUAACUUACAUAACAACAUCUCCUCUUAAGGAGAAACCGAAGAAAAACUACCGAGAAAUAGACGUCAGUGCAAAUAACGAAAUCUUUAAAGGUGAAGAAAUGAUUGAUAUAGCCUGUUUAAUGGAUAAUAAAGUCGAAAUGAAUAACAUCUUUGAUCUACAAAAUAUUACUAUCGCAAACGCUUUGAUGACAUUCGAAAACGAAGACGUAAAGAAGUUAAUACAAAACACGAAUGAAAGUUUUGAUGUGGUCAUUGCAGAUUACAUAGAUACAGAAGUUUAUGCCGCUUUCUCAGCACUGUAUGGAUGUCCUUUGAUAUGGCUGUCUUCGCUGAGGACUAAUUGGCAGACUCUACGUUUGAUCGACGAACCAACAAAUCCCGCUUAUACAGUCAGCUCGAUAUCAAUGAACUAUCCGCCUUUGAACUUUAAACAGCGAAUUGAGGAACUGUGGGCCCAGUGGAAAUGGCAAAUAGUUAAAAGACUCUAUAUUGUUUCACAAGAGGAAAAGAUUUAUGACAAUCAUUUCGUACCUUUUAUAAGGAAAAGAGGUAUUAAGCCGCCAAAUUAUGAAGACCUGAUCUAUAAUGCUUCGCUGGUGCUAGCAAACGAUCACCACUCAUUGGAAAAUUUGCCUAAAACACCACAAAAUUUUAAACAAGUUGGAGGCUUUCAUAUAAGUAGUGUUGUGAAGCCUUUGGAUAAGGUACUACAAAACAUAAUGGACUCCUCGAAAGACGGAGUUGUCUACUUCAGUAUGGGAUCGGCCUGGCAAAGCAAAGACAUACCAGAGCACAUCGUGAAUGAAUUGCUCAAAGUAUUCGGGAAUCUUAAACAAACGGUUAUAUGGAAAUUUGAAAAAAAUCUGAACGAUUUACCAAAGAAUGUUCACAUUGUUCAGUGGGCACCACAAACAAGCAUUUUAGCUCAUCCAAAUUGCCUCCUAUUUAUAUCGCACGGUGGACUUCUAUCAUCGACAGAAGCUAUACAUUUCGGGGUGCCCAUUAUAGGAAUACCUAUUUUUUACGACCAAUUUGUCAACAUCCAGAAAGCCGUGAUUUCUGGUUAUGGUAUACAAAUUAAAUUGAACUACGAGCUCCCAAAAAGCUUAGAGAAGGCUCUUGGAGAAAUGCUAAGCGAUAAGAAAUACCGAGAAAAAGCAAAACAGCUUUCUUUGAUCUUCCAUGAUCGGCCGGUGUCUCCGGGUGCCGAGCUGGUCCACUGGGUGGAGCACGUCGUCAAGACUAGAGGAGCUCUCCAUCUGCGCUCACCAGCACUGCACGUGCCUUUCUACCAGAAGCUGUACUUAGAUCUGCUGGCAGCUAUUGCAAUGACAUUGCUUAUGAUCAAAUUGGUUAUUGAAAAAACUCUCUCAAGUUUCUAUAAGAAGACAUUAAAACGGAAAGAAGAUUAAAUGAUACCAUUCAACUUUAAUAACAUUUCGUACAAGGCAAUACAAUUAUUAUUAUUGAUAUUGUUGAUUUGCGAUCGAUUUAGAUCUGAAUUAAUGACGCCACCAACUUCAUUAUUUAUUUAUUAUUUUCUUCAGUCAUUGAUGAUGUUUGGAAUUUUAGAAGCGCUCUCGCCAAACCAUUUGAACAAAUAUUAAAUAAGUUUUAUUUUAUUUUUGAUAAAUGCUUCAACAGUUCACAUAUAAAUCGAUUACAUCAUACUUAAAAUAACCUAGAUUAUAUAGAAUAUUAUAGUGAUAAGCUGUAAUAUACUUUUUGACUACAAAAGCAAACAAUGUUGUCAUGUGUUUUAAAAGUAACUAGAGGUCCCGCAGUAGUCGAAAUUCGACUAUAAUUAAUUGGAAUUGUAAGUUUGUACACUAUUAUGAUUGUAUUUUAUACUUCUAUAAUCACAAA